CCACCGAUCGCAUUUGGUCGCGUCGCUCGCCGCAAUGUCCGACGAUCUGCACUACUCGGACGACGACUUUCAAGAGGAAAAAAGCCCUCCCAAACCAGCGACCCACGUUGCCAAUGGACUUCCUACCCCCGACACGACAGUGGUUCCAUCAACAUCUGCAGACGUCGACUAUGAAGACGACUACGACGAGCCAGAAGCGUCACCCCUUGAUGACGCCUUUGAGGACGACCCAGACGACAUCGAAAUGCAUUCAAAUGUUAUAGCGACUCCCCAAGACUUGUACGACGUCGACGAGUUUGGAGAUAGCCCUCCGAGUGUCGUUGCUGUCGAGGUAGCAGCACACACGGCACUGGACGAGUCCUAUGGCGACAACGACUUCGCAGAGUCCGCUGGCGCAGAAUUAGUUACGACCCCCACAACAAUUGGAACCCAACUUGCGCUGGCAAGUACCGUCGAAGAUUCGUACAAUGAUGACCAAGACUUUGCUUCUGUUGUGGCUGGGGAUGACGACAACGGGCAAGUUGCGGACAUUCCACCUACAUCCACCGUCAACCGAGAAUCUAGUGCUGCUUCCAACGCCGUCGAGGCAUCAUCUACACUAUUAUCCACUCAUGCCCAAGACAAUGCUCAAUCGACCAACGACGUAAUCCAGUCCGAAGUGAUGCAAGUAAUAGCUGAGCUGACGAACCACCACCUCGAGUCAAAUGUCGUAGUCGUCGAGGCAGCGAAUGAGGACAUGUCAUGUUCGGGUAUUCCUGAAUCAAAAAAAGAAGAGGUCCAGUUGCUUGAACCAGCCAUAUCCCAAGUGACCGAACCUGCCGAUGUAUUCGGUGUGGAGCUAGAAACAAGUUCUGAUGCUCCAGAAAGUGAAGAGCCAAGAGCAAGUCACGUCCUGACCGAGAAAGAACCUCCAAUAGAGGCGGUGGAAAGUGCAUCAAAUUUCAAGCCAGCCGUGCAAGAGCCCCUCAGCACCUUCGAACCGACGUCCACCGUCGACCUAGAUCACGUCAAUGUCCUCACCGCCCCCCCGCCCGAUGUCCAGCCCCUAAAAGAGGCGCUCUCUAAGCAGACAAUCGAUGAAACGCUGGUUCCAUCCACCUCCAACGACUCUGAGGUAUCUGUUGUACCCGUCGUAGUCGUUGAUGCCACCUCCAAUGACAGCGAGGCACCUGCUGCGGUAUUGCCCGUUGUUGAGCAGUCUCCAAACGACGAUGUUGUAACCACCAACGCGGCUACCGGCGAUGACAAUGCCGACGACAUGCACGACGUGGAAACCACAGCCACUGACGUUUCAACCAUCAACAGUAUACGCUCAGAGUGUGCGGCGACACCUCUUACGCCUACGGAAGUGCUGCCCCUGUUGUCUAUUGACACCCAAGUUGUUGCAUCUGCCGCCGCCACCCCCAUUUUGCAAACAGAGGGCUAUCCAUCUGAUUCAACGACAAGCUUUCGAGAUCCCAACAUUACCGUUCACAACGACUCAUCGUACUCAACGGCUGCGUUGAGCCCACCACAAGGCACGACCGAGCAGGUUUCUACAACUACUUCGGACAUUGAAGUCACUCCUAAAGACGAGAUCGUUUCAACGAGUUUCGACGUCAUUGGACAAAGCAAUGAAAACACUACGGGUGAAACUGAACCCAGCUUUGCACAUGGACUUGGACAAAUGAAUGAAAGCACCACGGGAGAAGCUGAAUCCAGCUCUACCGUUAUCGAGUCGGCCCCAACAAUCCCUGUGAAGUACUCGGAUGCAGUCGAUGACGUUCCCGCACAUGAAGACGCAACGCCGGUGGUUGAGGCAGAGUCUGAGGCAGAGUUUGCACACGGAGCCGCCCCCCAACAGCCGCAAGAAUUUCUUCAACUAGCUACCACAAAUGCCUUGAGCCCCAACCCUCCACUCGAUUCUGCCUUAAGUCUCCCCACCGGACGGAGCGUCGAACAAAAUGCCCCCGGGCCGGAAAGAUCAUCUUCCAAUCCCGACACUUUAUACGACUGCGAUGCCGACGAGGUCGCUGACACCAGUGCUGCCCGUUUGUCGAUAGCGACAUCAGACGAAACGACCACAUUGUCACCACGAACCACCUCAGAAACAGUAGAAGACGACUACAUGGCAUAUGCGCAGACUAGUGUGUUUGACGACGAUGCAUACAUGAGUGGCGGGGAAGCUCCAACGAAACUCUCAGCAACGCCGUCUGGCAACGACAUAUACAAGAACGUCGAUGCCGCAACUGAAGUAGAAGACAAUACAGCCGCUCCACUUGUUCAAGACACAGGAGGCGACUUGUCGCAGCUCUUGCAACCAGGCACAGACGUGGAACCUUCCAGCAAUACAUUUGAUGUUCCAAUAAAAAAACAGGACGACUGCAAAGAAGAGGCGCCCAGCGUCGAACGAACGGGCGACCAGGGGGCCAAGCAAGUCGACGGGGAGUCGUCUUCCCAGAGUAUCGUACUACCACUCGUGGGCAAGAAAGAAAGCAAACUGAAAACACGGUUACCGCCAAAACAAGCACAACUCCAACCCACUCCCAUCCCACCAAAGCCGAGACCGCCUCCGCAACAGCGAAAACCAGAGCCCAAAGCCCCCUCAAGCGACUCGUCGAGUCCCAUGGCUUCCGACUUCGUCAUCCAUUCCUCCACUUCGCCCCCUCUCGAAGCCUCGGGAGGGGGGAUGGUGUUUCAUUCGCCGCAAAAAGACUACCGACCGUGGCGCCAACAAGAAGUCAAGCCCCAGAUGUCUCCGCCCAAGCCAAGGGUCGCCCUCAAGAAGAAAAAGGCUUCCCCUUCGCCGACAGCGACGACAUGCCUGUCCUCGCCGCCCAAGUUUCAUUUCGAUCCCAAAGUGGACAAGAUGAAGGAAGAGUGGUUGCUGCUCAACAUGUUUCGGCCAGGCGAUGCCUCCAAGUACGAAUCGUUUUGCAUCGUGCACAAACCCGUAGUCGCCCCAGCAACAUCCACAGCAACCCACCACCGGCCGUCCAGCGCCGACCGAAACUACCCGAGCCACUCUGCAAGACGCCUCGUGCCGCCGAAACGUAAGCAAGAAAUGCACACGUUACAAGCCCGGGAACGCAACUGGGUCGUGAACGGCAGUGUCCAGCACAACGCCAUUCCUGCCUACGAUUCGAUAUUGGACAAGUAUUGCCACACGAUCACGAACCCCCUCGUGCAAAAACAGAUUUACAACUCGGUGGAGUUGUCGCCCCAGUUGGCGUACGUGCUGGAAAAACGAGUGCAGGCCACCCGCCAAGCCGAAUUGGCGUUUGUGAUGGAGGACCAUACAUAUGCCAAGACGUACAAGCCCAAGGCAGUGGCGGACACGACGAGGGUGCCAACAAAGCCGACGCCGCGACAGCCCCCCCAGCAACCUCUCGAUAGUGACAUUGUCUCCCUAAAGUGGUCCACGGCCAAACUUAAAGCAAGUGGCACCAACUAACUCGUCGUGAAUGCAAAACGCGCUUGUUGACUCGCAUUGCAAAGUUUUGGGGGUUAAUGGCUCGAUCGAUAUGUAAGGUUUGGAG